CAGAAUCGGAAGCCAACUUCAGUGUCGUCAAUUCAGGAAAUGACGUUUUCCAAGUAAACAGAAACAGCAGAGACUAACAAUCGUUGUUCACUGUCAACCAGUGGACAGUCAAGUGUUUUAAACGUAGCUCCCGUGUCCAGUCGUCUGGUUAUUCCGUUCAUUAUGUCCAUGUUACUACUGGGCAGAGCUACCACGACCUUUUCUAUGUUGUCUGUUGUUGGGCUGCUGCUGCUGCUUGCUAGCUUUGUUAGCCAGGGCAAAUGCCAAACAACUGCACCGCCACCACCCCUAUGUUCCAUCAACAAGAACUGUGACAGCUGCGUUCCUCAUGCUAAGUGUCUCUGGUGUUUUGCCACCAACAACUGCACAGAUUACCCCGUGACCUGGCUGUUGCCCCCAGCAUCGCUGUGCCCGCUGUCUCAGGCCCGGUGGGGGGUGUGCUGGUUGAACUUUGAAGCGCUGAUCAUCGCCCUGGCAGUGGUAGCCGGAACCAUCCUGAUCAGCAUCAGCAUCUGCUGCUGCUGCUGCUGCUGCAAGAGACGACGCUCAGGGCCUGACAGAGAUGAGGAGAGAUUUGCCAGGAGGAGAGAGGAGAUCAGACAGCGCGCUGAGGAACGGAAGGUGGAGAGACAGUCAAAACACGAUGAGAUCCGGAGAAAGUAUGGCCUGAUGGGGGACUCGGACCACCCAUACAGCAAGUUUGAGAACGAGUAAAGCAGCUGAGCUGGAAGGACUGAGCUGCUCUCACGUUAUCACUUUUAGCUUGAAUCUCUGCCUUUUUGUCUCCUGAUGUUAACUCUGCAGACCACAGCUGGACACACCCACCCAGAUCCAGGCCCAGUCUCCACUUCCUCCUGUUUACCAAACACACCUGACUGACUGACUGACUGACUGACUGACUGACUGACUGACUGACUGACUGACUGACUGACUGACUGACUGACUGACUGACUGACUGACUGACUGACUGACUGACUGACUGACUGACUGACUGACUGGGUUCUCUUUAGUCUUGGAUGAAUGUGAAGCCUGUUUUAAAUUUUUUUCCUAAUUCCAUGUGUUCAGAAAUGUUUUCUCUUUUUAGAUAUCCUACUUUCACAUUAGUCUUUUUGCACUUUGUACUUGAAGGAAAUUUCUAAAUUACACAAUUAUGGUUCCAUCAUUGACGUGUUCACAUAAAGAAAGGUUGUGUAAAGAAAAAAGUGUUUUAUUUGUUCUGUUUUGUGACUAGUUGGCACAGUAGAAGUCUGACACUGCUAAUCUUCUCCUGCCUCCUCUUAGUACAUCCGUUAGCAUCAUCCAGAUCAAGUUUGCUUCUGAAAAAUGUUGGCAUGAAUUCUAAAGCUUACAAUGACAUAUGAAAAAUGUCAUUAUUGAUUCAUGUUUCAGUUAUCAUUGCUGAUUACAGGUACAGCUCAGAAAAUUUCAAUAUUUUGGAAAAGUACAAUAUUGUUUGUCAUUUACAUUUAGAAAUAUAAACUCAUCAAAUAGAUUUAUAAGACAUGGGGUAAUAUGCUAAGCUUUUAUUCUGUGGAAAAUUAGAAUAUUAACACCAAUUUCUUAAAAAUACAUUUUUAGCAUCUAAAUAUUAUGUAAUGUCUAUAUUAUAACAUAAUCAAGGGGAGCACAACAGAAUGAUGGUUUCACAGGGAGGACGGCAGCCUUGAGAGAAUUUUUCUGCAGCAUUUGGCACCUGAACACACUGCCAAAAGUACUAAUACCUGGUUCAGUUUCAGAAAGAGGAGGUGUUUUCAAAGAGACAGAGGCCCAAUUCCAAGGCGUUAAAUUAUGUCAAAUUUAUUGUAAGUCAUAUUUGGAAGAUAUGACAGUUUUAUAACAACUAAACUUAACAUUGGUACUUGAUUAUUCUAUAAAAUGUCAAUGUGUUCUUGGAAAACAUGUGAUACUGUCCCUUUAAAUCCAGACAGCAUUAAUGAAACUUGUAUUUGUUUGAUCCUCAGUCAUUUAUAUUGUGUGCUUGUGUGACUUUGUAAACUCGGCCUCAGCUCCUGGCAGACAACAAGUAUCCCCACAGGAUGGCUAAAAGCCUGGGAUGGAGGUAG